AAUUUCAUAUGUCUCUCCAAUGCUUUGAUUUUCACCGAGAAGGGGAGAGGCAGGUGUUUCCCUGUUAAUGUUUUAAAUAAAGUUUUUUUUUUUGUUGUUGCGUUUUUAACCAAAUCAUCAAAUAGCGCUGACCUGUCACCAUCUCACUGACCAUCAUCUGCAUUAUCAACAAACUUUCUGCCACGUCAGGACGUUUUCAAGAAACAAAAACGAAAGUGCCGUGCACAAUGUGUUCGUCGUUAAACAUACAGUAACCACAGCGCUACAGGGAAGCUGAGAGGAAGCACACCGACUAGCACUGCGGCCUGGGGAAUAGCGAUUGUUCCGAACGCAAAACGGGCCGUUUAGAGCAGAGGAGAUCGGGGUACCUUUAUUUUCCUGUCUCCCUGAUCUGAAAUGGAAAGAAAAUACAACCUGAAAAGUCCAGCUGUGAAGCGGUUGAUGAAGGAGGCAGCUGAGCUCAGGGAUCCAACAGAACACUAUCACGCACAACCCUUGGAGGAUAACCUCUUUGAGUGGCACUUCACCGUCCGUGGCCCUCCUGAUUCUGAUUUUGACGGCGGUGUCUAUCAUGGCAGAGUUGUGCUUCCUCCUGACUAUCCGAUGAAACCUCCCAGCAUUAUACUGCUCACACCAAAUGGGAGAUUUGAAGUUGGUAAGAAGAUCUGUUUAAGCAUCUCUGGACAUCACCCUGAGACCUGGCAGCCCUCCUGGAGCAUAAGAACUGCACUAAUAGCUAUAAUCGGAUUCAUGCCAACAAAAGGAGAGGGUGCAAUAGGGUCUCUUGAUUACACUCCCGAAGAACGGAAAUCCCUCGCCAAAAAGUCCCAAGACUUCUGCUGUGAGGCGUGUGGGGGCAGCAUGCGGUCUGCUCUGCUGCCUCUGACCUGCAACAGCAACCCAAGCGACAAUGACAGGGAGGCCAAAGAGCUUGCAAGACAGAUCAGCUUUAAGGCAGAAUCCAGUUCUUCCAGUAAAGCAGCCCAGAAGCAGGUACUGGUCAGCCCCGUGAGCUCAGAACCAUCUGUAGAGCAGGCGUCUGCGUCCGGGACCCAGACAGAAGCUCCCGAGUCCCCGGAAGCGGCCGACUCUAAAACCAGCCCCCAGAGCAGUCCCAGGGAAGAGGCUCCCCAGCCCGGCCCUCUGAACAGACCUCUGAGCCCUCGCCAACGCCGUGCACAGCAGCAGAGCCAGCAGCCUCGGAGGCCUGCCUCCCCCACCUACCCACAGCUCCAGCGCCAGCCUGAGGGUUCCAGCCACGUGGGGCUGGCUGUUCUCAUAGUGGUUCUGACUUUAGCGCUUGCUGCCCUUAUCUUCCGAAGGAUCUACCUGGCCAGCGAGUACAAGUUUGACUAUGAACUGUAACGCUUUUCUUGCUUCAUCUGACCACAUACUGGAGACAUCAGCCAGCCUGUAAUCCUGUAGACUACGUUAUAGUAUUAAAGUCAGUUUACAGCACUCGUUAGUCAGGCAUGGGGCAGAUACAUAGGAUUUCAUUCACUGUUUGGCUUUGAAUGGGUGUAAUAUAAAUCAGAAUAUUAAGUUCAGUGGAUGAAUAUACAGUAGUGGACAGCUGUUCUUUUUAGCUUGAUAUUUUAACCCCAAAAAGGCCAAUUUUCUUUUUUGCUACACUUUAUUGCUCAUAGUAUACAACCAGUUCUUUAAACAAAGAAAUGGCAGAACAGCUGUCAACCAUGCAGUCCCUAAUUAUGGCAAACCGAGUGCAUCCUAACAAAUGUCAGAAUAUUUAUUAUAAUAUAUACCGGAAUAUAUGACAUGAUAUUGUUAUAAAAAAGGUUUUUAAAGUUGCUUUUUUAUUUGAUCUCUCUAUCUGUCUAUAUUCAACAACCUCAAUGCUGUAUAAUGUCUUGCACAGUCUGCAGUACAAAAAAAGCUUCAGUGUUUAGUUGCUUGAACCAAGUAGUUGGCUGCCAGUAAACCCCAAGAAAGGAAUUUGUUUUUUCACCCACCUGCUCUUUGGCCAGGACUUAAUUCAUCUUUGACUGUAUUUGUAGUGAAUAAUAUGGGCACAACAAUUGCCUGUUGGGUAUUUUCAGUGACUAUUCCACAAAGGAGUUCUGUAAUACUGAAUGAACAUAACAGGAUCGAGGUCUGCAGGUAAUUGAGAUUUGACUUCCCCUUGAAGAAAACUGUAGCUCUAUCUACUGUAUGUCAGUAUUUAAAUGUUAGCCUGCAUAUUUCAACAUUCCACCAUUAAUAAGAAUGACCUAAUAGUACAUAUAACAGGAGUGAUUUCAGAUACAUUUAUUGCACAUCUCAACAAAAGGAACAAGAGAAAUCCCAUCUGUCUUUUACAUUAAUAAUAUUUAGGCUCUGCUGUGGAAUUGUGUAUUUUUUUUUGGGGGGGGGGGGGGGGGGGGUACCAAGACCCCAAAUUGAUCUUGAGGGAGUGGAGAGUAGUUUGAACAGCAUUGCAUCCCUUUGAGGCUAUAUGAGAUGAACUUCAUGUGGCAAAUGUUAGGACAGGAUAACUAUUACAUGUGUAUGUCAAUAUCAGGUUUUGUUACAGUUAUCAUUUGAUGUUUCAGGAAAAAAUAAAAUAAAGGUAUUGCUUG